AUGCCGUUAGAGAAUAUUGGCAACGACAGAAUAAUUGUAAUCAAAGUCAAGCUUCCUAAUCAGAAAGCCCUAUUUGUCCUUGGAACAUACCUACCCUCAAUAAAUGACUCCACAUCUUCAUAUAGGGAAUAUAUUAACACCCUGGAAGACAGUAUUGCCCAUCUUAAAUCUCUGGGGGCAGUUGUUCUUGCGGGAGACUUUAAUGCCCACAUUGGUAAUCACGGUGGUCCUAGAAGUUUUAAGGAGGUGAAUAACAGAGGACAUAUCCUGAUUUCUUUACUUGAUCAGUUUCAAUUCAUUUCGGUCAACUCUCAAGAAUUGUGUUAAUGGGCCAAUUGAGACAUUCCACAGUAAUCAAGGCUCAACUCUGUCAACUACUGAUCAUAUUUUCGUAAACAAAGAAGACUUACCUUUAAUUAAAUGGUGUUAUGUCGAAAGCGAUAACUGUAGAAAUCUAUCAUAUCAUCUACCAGUAAUUUGUUCGUGGGAUGUACAGUUACCACUCCUGACUACAAGAUCAAAGACAGCUCACACGUCUUUGUCAUGGAAGUCAUUACUGAAUGAAACUGUUAAAAUCCGAUACCAGAAUUCAGUUAAGAGGAGAUUGGAAUCAUUAGAGAAUAAUGGCGAAGACAGUGUUCCAUACAACAUUGACACAAUAGAAGCUGAGAUUGCAAGUGUAACAAAUUUGUUGCACUCAGCAGCACAAGAAAGCAUUCCAAGAAAGAAAUUCAGGAAAAACCGGCGCCCUUACUGGAAAGAGGGUUUAAACGAGUUUCAUAAGAAAAGCAGAGAAUGUAGAAAAAGAUGGUUACAGAAUGGAAAAUCACAAGAUCGGGAGAACAUUUACUAUAGAGAAUACAAAGAAGCGAAACGUUUAUUUAGGGAAGAACUGAGAAAAAAGAUAUAUUUAGAAGAACAAAAACAACUUGAAUCGUUAGAAAAGCAUUAUGAGACUGACCGUAGCACAUUCUUUAAAAUCACCUCGAGCAUUCGUAAGAAAAAAGAAGUAAGCAUUCAAAUGCUAGAGGCGGACAGAACCUUAAUAUAUGAUCCAGAAGAAGUUCUGUCUGUGUGGAAAAAGCACUACAGUGAUUUGUUCACACCUAAAACAAAUCCUAAGUACGAUGACGAGUUUCGAAGGUUUGUGGAGGCAAAGAUAACAGAGUAUGAGAGUGAAAGUUUUAAUGCAGAAAAUGAUCCGUUAGACAAUGCAUUUACAGAACAUGAAGUGCUAGACGUUUGUUCCAAGUUGCCAAAUGGAAAGGCAUCCGGACCUGAUGGUUUAACGUACAGCACAUAA